GUCUCGGGAUUGGGACGGCCACACGGACGAGGCCCUGGGAGGGGCAGCGUGUGCCUCCCCCCCCCCACCAUCAUUCCACAAACUUCAUUUACUGCCCAUGGAGACAGGCCCAGGGCAGGUCCCCCUGGACCACAUGGUCCCCCAGGACCCCCAGGAACACCCGGAUCCCAGGUGGGCCCAUCAGUUCCAGACAGCGAAGAGCCUGCGCAAAGGCCCUGAGGCAGGGAAGAGGCCGGUGCUGAGCAAAGGACAGUGUGGGAGGGACAAGGUGGCACGGGCAGGCGUCACCUGCGGGGCCCAGGCGUGGGCUGUCAUCACGGGUGAGCCUAGAGUGAAGGGAGAGGACGGGGAGAAGGCCGCCGCCUCUGCAGAGGGCGAGGGGGUGCAGCAGCUGCGGGAGGCCCUGAAGAUCCUGGCCGAGAGGGUCCUCAUUCUGGAGCACAUGAUUGGGAUCCACGAUCCCCUGGCUUCCCCUGAGGGGGGCUCCAGCCAGGAUGCCGCCCUGAGAGCCAGCCUCAAGAUGAAGCGCGGUGGCCCUCAUGCUGAUGGCGCCCUUGCUGCCCUGCUUGGUCCCAACCCUGGGCAGAAGAACGCUGAUGGGGCCAGCGACAGGAAGUAAGAGCCCAGGUCUCCAGGACAAGCCCCCCCCUGACCAGAGACCCAGCCCCUGAGGCCUGAAGACGCCCUGAGUGGGGCUGGGCUCCAGGCAUGGACGGUUGUGAGGGACACUGGCUCCCGGGGCCUGGGGGUCUGGGGAACAGAUGGCACCUCCAGGGACAAGGUCCAGGGGGAACCAGCACCCGCUGCAGAGCCCUUCCCUUGCCCCUCCCUCCCCACCCUCACUUCCCGCUGGAGACGGGGUCUGGGUGGGCUGGGCAGUGGGCGUGAGAAUAACCAUAAUACUCAUCGUGUAUGGAGUCCCUGCUAUGUCUGGGCCUGUCCAAGGAGCUUUCCUUACAUUGUCUCAUUUAACCCUUAGGAGGUAGGAUUAUUAUCCCCACUUUACACGGAGGACUGAGGCUCGGGGGGUAUAAAUAACCCCCAAAGCCACCAGAUCGUGGCUGGCUGGGGCAGGACUUGAACCCAGGCCUCUCGGUUCCUGAAGCCACGGUCUCUCAACCCUGCCAGCUUCUCUUCAUGAGGAAACUCAGACAGGGAGGGCGCAGGGCAGGGAUGACUCCCAAGGUGGCAGGGCCAAAGCGAGACUGGACAGCCAGCCAGGAAGGACAGGCUGCAUGGCACAUCCCAGACUGCAGGGCCCUGGGCCUCCUUCCUCAACCCCUUCACCAGGGUUUGGGGUCUGCUUCACGGGCUGGGGGCAGCCUGGCCUAUAGCUGCUCCCAGAGGCUGGGGAGACCAUGAAUAAACCACUGACAGCCACACGGACUUGGGGACCAUGUAAGAGGAGCGUUGGGGGUUCCAGGGCCCCCAAACCAGAUUGGCAUCACCCGCCCCUGCCUCCCAGGUGCUGAUCCCACCUGCCCCCACCCCCAAGCCAGAAGGAGGGAGCAUUUAAUGGAAAUGUCUUGCAGCCCCUGUCCCUCCCGGUCUCUCUGGGAGAUCUGCAGGGUCUGCCCCUUCUGCGUGACAUGGCAAGCCCAAUGUCCCCUUGUCAAACUGCAGAGAGGUAAGCGGCUAGAGUCCCAGGCCUGUUGGGGAGAGAUGCUCCUGCCCCUCUGGGCUGGGGCCUGGCAGGCUCCACAGCCGACGUGGGGUCCCCAGAGGCCCAGAGCAGCUCAGACCGCAGCCCUCAAGUUCUCUCUGGCCUGGGCUCCUGUGACAAGCCUGGCCCUGCUGCUCCUCUCUCACUGGGUCAGGACCUGAGACUCACCCAUGGCAGCAAACUCAGAGAAUCGAAUCAAAGGUGCUGGCACCACUUGGGCACAAGUCUCUCCUCCUCGCAGGAGCAGCCGUCCCUGGUGCUCUCGGUGCUUGUAUGAAGCUGUGGCUGGUCCCACAAGGCCCUGGUAGCCCCUCCCCGCCCUCGGCCACUCUCUAUCUUCAUGGAGGGGUGGUCAGAGGUGGCGGGAAGCCUGACCGGCACCACCAGCCUGUAACGUCAUUGCUGUAUGUGACAAUAAAGGAGCUUCCCCACCGUG